AUGGAUUUCAAACGUAAUAGUGUGAUUGCUUUAUAUUUAACGGGAAAAUCACAACCAGCGAUUGUUCGUGAGCUCAAUCACUUUAAAGCGAAUAAAGUUUUUGUUUAUCGCACUAUAACUCGUUACAAUAAUACUGGUAGCAUCGCAAAACGUCAUGGAGGUUGUCAUCAAAAGACUGCAACGUCACGUGAGAUGGUUCAAAAAGUGAAGAAGCGACUUGAGCGAAAUCCGCGACGAAGUGCCAAUCAAAUGGCAAAAGAACUGAAAAUAUCCGACCGUAGCAUCCGCCUCAUACAGAAAAAUGAUCUCAAGGUCAAGUCAUACAAGAUCCGAAAGGCGCAUUAUCUUACACCGAAGCAGCAACAAGUUAGACUUGAGAGAGCGAAAGAGUUGCUUCGCUUGGCCGAAAGCGGUCAAUUUCCGAACAUUGUGUUUUCUGAAGAGAAAAUUUUUCCAAUUGAGCAAUUCGUAAACUCUCAAAACGAUAAGGUUUACUUGACCGACCGUUUAUACGAGAAUUUGAGUCAUUGA